AAUCACUUACUAUACCCCAUGAAAGGCCACUGGGCAUGCCAUCAUCCUCAGUUCAGUCAUUCUCUUAGAUCCAAGCUAAGAAUUCAUCCCUACUGUUCCAUUCAUAAUUCUCUCUCUCUCUCUCUCAUCCCCAGAACCUUUCUCAACCCUAGAAACAAAAACCUACCCAAACACUCCAUAUAUAUUCCCCAGCUCAACCUGUGUUUCUUGAGGUAGCUACUACACAUACGUGGAAGAAAAAGAAAAAGAAAAAAGAAAAGAAAGGUCGAUCUUGGAUCUAGGUUUGUUCUUCAGUUUUCGAGGUUUUGAGACAAAAUUAUAAUCUGGGUCUUGUUUUUAUUUCGAGGAGUCUGGGAUUUGGGAAAGGGAGUUUUCAUUGGGGUACGAGAUAAGAAGAAGAUAUCAGUACGCUGCAGACAGGGUUUUUUGGGAUCAGUAUCAGAAAUCGCAGUUGCAGAAUCAUCAGAAGUUGCAGAAGGUAAAGAGAAUUGUGUCAUGAAAUAUUACCAAAGAUUUCUCCAGACCCAAGAAAAAAGUGUGUUUUAGGAGCCCGGAGGUGAAGAAAAGGAAGGUUUUUUUUUUUUUUUUUUUUUUUUUGAAGAUUAUCGUGAAUCUGGAUAGCCAGUGGAGCCAAGAAACCCCCCAGAUUUUCCCUCCGCAAAAUCCCAGCUUCAAGAACAUUAAUCUGCAGAAUCUUCAAGCUCUUUAUCGUCAGCACCAUGGAAACGCCGCCGUGAAUAGCCUCGAGAAAACUGAAGAUGCGAAGGGGAGCGGUGGGAAGAAAGCUGCGGGGAUGAAGAGAGGCGGCGGCGGCGGUGGGGAGAUAGUGCAAGUUGAAGGCGGCCAUAUUAUCCGGUCUACCGGCCGGAAAGACCGGCACAGUAAAGUGUUCACCGCGAAAGGGCCACGUGACCGGCGAGUGCGGCUCUCGGCCCACACCGCCAUUCAGUUCUACGACGUCCAGGACCGGCUCGGCUACGACCGGCCGAGCAAGGCGGUUGAUUGGCUCAUCAAGAAAGCCAAAAACGCCAUAGAUAAGCUCGCGGAGUUGCCGCCAUGGAACCCCAAUGAUGACGCCAGCGUUAUCCCGGCGAGCCAUGAAGGUGGUGACGUGGCGGCAGGGUCUAGUACUGGGAUUCCGUUGGAACAGAAUUCCGAUUCUUCCGCUCGGUAUGAGUUUCCGUUUCAGAAGCAUCUAGAAGCCGCGGGGAACGCGGCGGGAAGUUCGCCGUUUAUUCUGCAGGAAGACGAAACGACGCAGUCCAUAGCAGAAACCAUGAAAUCUUUCUUCCCGAUGAACUCCGGGAGCUCUCUGAUGAAUUUUCAGAGCUACGGUCACGAUAUAAUGCCGCCGAGAGCCUCAAUCCAAACCGAAGAUCUCGGCUUAUCUCUUCACACCUUGCAAGACCAUAGACGCCCGCCCUCCACCUCCCAGCUUUUCUCCGGCGCCUCAAAUCCGGCGACCUUCGAUGCUAAUUUUUCGAGAAUGGUUGGUUGGAACGGCGGCGGCGCCGGCGGUAAUGGCGGAGAGAGCAGAGUUGGGUUCUUCUCGAACCAUCCACACCACUCAAUCCCGCCGCCGCAGGCGGCGGCGGUGUUCUCGCAAGGCGGAGCAUUUUCUCAGAGGGAACCCCUUCAGUCCAACUACUCACACCUAUUCCCUGCUUGGGAGGAGAGGGCCGCCAUUUCCAAUCCCCAUUUCGCCGCAGAAUUCCACGUUCCGGCGAGAAUUCACGGCGAAGAUGAACACGGCGGCAUCAAACCAUCCUCCCCUCAUUCCAACUCUCACUACUGAAUCCAUUACACCAUUAUCAUCUAUCCUUCAGGACAUUUAUUGAUUUUGGCCGGUGAAAUUAAAGUUGUCUCCAAAGCCUUGAUGAUAUUGACAACUCGAUAUGGUCUCCUGAGAAAGAAAAGACUACUGAAUGGUUAGAGCUCAAGAAUUCUAUGUUGUAACAUUAAUUCUUGUUUGUUGCCAUGUGAUGAUUUUAUUUUUGUUUUUUGUUUGACUGCACCUUAGCUUCAUAAUGUUUCUUGACCUUAUUUCAUAUUGUUCUUGUGUUUC